AUGAGCGAGCUACGAUCAGACGAGCCAUGGACGGCGCCAUCACUUCAGCCAAUCGACUUCAUCAACGAUUGCAUAACUUUAUCGGAUGGUACGAUAACCUCACCGCAAACGAGCCCGAGCCUUGGACCCUUUCACACAUACGCGAACCACCGAGCUUUCUACCGAUUUGGGCUAAUAGAACCGAAUGGGAGUUUUGAUGAGGAGUGCGCUGUCGAGCUUCGCUCCCAUCUCAACUUUGAGAUGGAUGACGAUAUUGUAGGGAUAGGUGUAGGUAGAUCCUUCCAUUCUCAAAGACAUCGAGUGAUUCCGAGCUUCUGCACUCUAGGUCUUACAUAA